AUGUCCUCGCAAGCCUCACCACCCAUCGACUUGCCUAGAAGGAAUCUCCGCCCGCGCAGUCCGCCCACAAGCCCGCCAUUGCCCGUCAAAAGAUCAAAAGCCGGACCGCCCCUUCCGGGUCCGCUGAAAGCCGCUAUUCUGGCCAAGCGAGCAGAGUGGCUCGAAGCCAACAAGUUGGAGCGUGCAGAGGUAUCCGAUCCGAUCGAGAGGGACCUCGAGGUUUUGGAACGGCAAGCGCGAGAUGUUAAUGCGGACGCCUUCAGGCGAUGGAGAGAGCGCGUGUAUCGUGGCGUUGAGUAG